GGUCAACACAAUCACUAUCAAUUCACACUGUCAAGUAUGAGUUCUUUACACUCAAGUAAAGAACGAGUCUCCUAAAUGUACAGUACUGUGAUUACAGGAUAGUACCGAGGCUUUAAUAGUGAGCUCGGGCAGUUUUCCGGAUGCCGUCUGCUUGUUUUACGUUGACCCCGAUCUAGUGCUGCGGUGUGCUUUGUCUCAACAUGCUGCCUAUUACCUACGAGAAAAGCUUCGUAUACUUUGCGAUAACUUCAUCGAGUUUUGUCUGUGGACACUCCCAUUCGUCCAGGUCCUAGUGAUCCACAGGGCGUUGAAGAAGCCGCUUGAGACGAGAGGGUGAACCGUUGUCGUCUCUGCCCCGCCUGCUGCCUGUGACGCCUCACUUCCUCUGCAGGGUGUCUGUGGGUCUUUCUGCUUCUUUGUAGGUGUCCAACAGUUUCACACUGAACCAGCGAAGUGCUGCUGCAGGCGGCGCCCGUGCUGAACCUCCACAGUCUGCUCGCCUCUCUUCUCCUCCAGCCAUGGCGCUGAGGGCCCUCGCGGGCGGAUGGUGCCUCGUCCUCCUGGCUGCUACGAUUCCAGGCGUCCAUCCCCAGGGGAACGACAGCUCGGUCCAGCCGGCGACCGACUCCGGGGCUCAGAUCUACCGGCCGGUCCUGCAGCCGUCUGAGGCCACUCCUCCCACAGGGACGUACACGCUGAAGAGCCUCGCUGGGACAACCUGCAUCAAAGCCACCAUGGGAGUGGAGUUCGUCGUCAACGAAAAGAGGACCUGGUAUUUCAACCUGGACCCCUCCAGGGUCAAGAGCAGCGGCUACUGUGGCAAAGAAGCUGCCGUUCUCUCGCUCACGCUGCCGGACAACGGUGCCAGUCUGCAGCUCACCUUCAGAAAGGAAAAGAAGAUUUUCUACAUCACCAAGCUCACCGCUCACUUGUUUCCUCUGCCUGUUUGUCAGAAAUGUGCCAAUAAGAGUUACUCCGGCUUGUUGGACAAUGACAAGUUGUUCCAAACGGCCAACGGUCACAGCUUCACGUGCAAAUCCGAGAAUCUGCUCCUGAUGUCGUCGGAGCUGAGCGUCAAGCUGGUCCCUCUGAAGAUGCAGGCGUUCACUCUGCCCAACGGACACUUUGGAAAAGAGCUGGAGUGCUGGGCCGAUUUCAACAAGCGGGUCAUUCCCAUUGUCAUCGGGGCCACGGUGGUGUGUCUCAUCCUGAUCGCAGUGCUGACCUACCUGUUCAUCAAAGACCGCCGCAGACAAGGCUACGAGCGGAUCUGAGCUGGAGAUUUUAAUCCAUCCCAGAGAGACUUUUAUAGGCAGUUAUUGUCACAGACAGCUGUCAGAUGUCUUCUCCGUGACUUGUAUUUGACUUUUUAAAUUCCACAAAAUGUGUGUCAUGAUAACACAUAGAGGCCAAAUAUCACCAGAAAUGCCAAAAGUUAUCGUUUAAUGUAUUUAUUUGACUAUUAUUUCAUCGACUUAUAACAUUAAAAAAUGUUUCACAUCCUCCUUGUAAUUUGUGUGAAUGUCACUGCUUGUAAUACUCUGAAUUUGUUGUAUGUUCAAAAAAAGCGAUUUAAUGAAAAUGAGAACAGACUGAAAACAAAAUUAGGAUGAAUUGUACACAGAUGAAAUCCAUUGUCCAUUCACAUGUCUUAGCAUCUGUUGAACAAAUGUGUUUAAAAUUAAAUUUCUGUUUUAGAAUGUUUUCCCCCAAGCCACUCUUCUUGUCAAUAAAAUAAAAAAUUGGUGUAAUUA